AGUACUGACGAUAAGCCUGUCAGGUUUUUCUUGUGUGGCAUUGUCCAUUUAUAUUUUGUUUAAUAUUGGAACAUUAGAUGUAACCGGUCUGAAACAGUUCUGCAGUGUAAAAUGGAAAACAAAGGCGCGCUCUCGGUCGUGCUUCAUCUUUGUCUCAGUGUUUUUGUUAUGGCGGACACCGUUUAUGGAGAUGCGAGCUAUUCUUUUCCGGAGGAGAUGAAACGAGGAUCUGUGAUUGGAAAUUUAGCCAAGGACCUCGGCCUGGAUGUGAACAGACUGUCGGUUCGUAAAGCUCGCAUUAAUUCUGAAGGUAACCGAAAGAAAUACAGCGACAUUAAUGUGAAUACAGGAGAACUGACUGUGGCAGAAAGGAUUGACAGAGAGGGUCUUUGUGGAAAGAAGACUGCAUGUGUUAUAAAACAGGAGCUGGUGCUGCAAAAUCCAUUAGAAUCUCAUCGAAUUAACAUAAAUGUACAGGAUGUGAACGACAAUUCACCUUUAUUCAAAAAAGACGUCAUUAAAUUUGAAAUUAGAGAAACAGCAGAUAAAGGAUCUCGUUUUCUCCUGGAGGAGGCUCACGAUGCAGACAUAGGUACAAACUCAGUCCAGAGCUACUCAGUAGCACAAAAUGAACAUUUCACAUUAUCUGUCAGCUCGAAAGCAGGUGGACGGGUUUACUGUGAAUUGGUGCUGGAUAAAGAGUUAGAUCGCGAGCGGGAGCAGGAGGUAUCACUGAUUCUCACUGCAGUUGAUGGUGGGACUCCACCGAGAUCAGGUACUGUAGCCAUACACGUCACUGUACUGGAUGCUAAUGAUAAUGCUCCAGUGUUUAGUCAGUCUGUUUAUAAGAUCAGUCUGCCUGAAAAUUCUCCUUUAGGUACUGUAGUGGUUACUGUGAGCGCUACAGAUGCAGACGAUGGUGUGAAUGGGGAGGUUUCAUAUGAGUUUAGUCACGUUUCUGAGAACGAUUUAGCAACAUUCUCUCUCGAUCCUAAUUCCGGAAAAAUAUUUUUACUAGAAUCUCUUGAUUACGAGGAGGAAUCCAUUUUUGAACUACAGGUUCAAGGUACUGAUGGCUUAGGGUUGGUAUCAUUUGCUACUGUAGUGAUAGAAAUAUCAGACGUUAAUGACAAUGCACCUGUUAUACUAAUUAACACACUUUAUAGUCCAGUUCCUGAGAAUGUACCACUUUCUACAGAAGUGGGAAUCAUUAAUGUACAAGACAGAGAUGCUGACAAUAACGAACAGGUUCACUGUUCACUUCAGCAAAAUGUUCCAUUUAAACUCGUUCCAUCAAUUAAAAAUUAUUAUUCUCUGGUGACAACAGGUGAAUUAGACCGAGAGCUCGUAUCUGAUUAUAACAUUACAAUCACUGCUACUGAUGAAGGCUCUCCACCUUUGUCCUCCUCUAAAACUAUUCAUUUAUCAGUAGCUGAUGUGAAUGACAAUCCACCUGUAUUUGAGGAGCAGGUUUACAGCGCUCAUGUGAAAGAAAACAACAAACCAGGCUCAUCUGUUUGUACUGUAGCAGCAACAGACCCGGACUGGAGACAGAAUGGUACUGUAGUUUAUUCUCUUCUACCUUCUGAUGUCAGUGGUGCUCCAGUGUCCUCAUUUGUAUCCAUUAAUGGAGACACAGGUGUUAUCCAUGCAGUGAGGUCUUUUGAUUAUGAGCAGUUGAAAAGUUUCAAAGUGCUCGUCUUAGCCAGAGACAACGGUUCUCCUCCACUCAGCAGUAACGUGACUGUGAGCGUCUUCAUAAGUGAUGAGAAUGAUAACUCUCCACAAAUCUUAUACCCCUCUCCGGAAGGAAACUCCUUCAUGACUGAGAUGGUGCCCAAAGCUGCCCAGUCAGGCUCUCUGGUGUCCAAGGUGAUCGCAGUGGAUGCGGACUCUGGUCAAAACGCGUGGCUUUCUUAUCACAUAGUGAAAGCGACUGACCCAGGACUUUUCACUAUUGGUGAGCACAGUGGAGAAAUCAGGACGCAGCGGGACAUUUCUGAGUCUGACAGUACAAAGCAGAAUCUCAUUGUUUCAGUCAAAGAUAACGGACAGCCUUCACUUUCUGCAACCUGCGCCGUCUAUUUGCUCGUAUCUGAUAACUUGGCUGAGAUUCCUGAACUGAAAGACAUGUCUUAUGAUGAGAGCAGCUCCAAACUGACUUUUUAUUUGAUCAUCGCGCUGGUGUCCGUCUCCACCUUCUUCCUCACCUUCAUCAUCAUCAUCCUGGCCGUGAGGUUUUGUCACAGGAGGAAGCCCAGACUGCUGUUUGAUGGAGCUGUGGCCAUUCCCAGCGCGUAUCUCCCUCCAAAUUACGCAGAGGUGGAGGGAACGGGAACUCUCCGCAGCACCUACAAUUACGAUGCAUAUCUGACCACAGGAUCACGAACCAGUGACUUUAAGUUCGUCACAUCUUACAAUGAGGGAACUCUUCCUGCUGACCUGACUCUCAGGAAGGAUAAAUCCGUUGAGAAUCUGAUGGGAUAUGCUGGUGACGAAUUUGAAGGUGUAACCCAGGUAUGA